UCCGGCGAGCGCAGCCCGGGCAAGAGAGGCAGCAUGGAGGAGGCGCCCCACGGCUGCCCCGGGGCCGACAGCGCCCAGGCGGGCCGAGGAGCCUCGUGCCAGGGAUGCCCCAACCAGAGGCUGUGCGCAUCCGGAGCCGGCGCCGCACCGGACCCUGCUGUGGAGGAGAUCAGAGAGAAGAUGAAGACGGUGCGACACAGGAUCCUGGUGCUGUCUGGGAAAGGCGGCGUUGGGAAAAGCACAUUCAGUGCCCACCUCGCCCACGGCCUGGCGGAGGAUGGAGACACACAGGUUGCUCUUCUGGAUAUCGAUAUCUGUGGGCCAUCGAUUCCCAAGAUCAUGGGCUUAGAAGGAGAGCAGGUUCACCAGAGUGGCUCCGGCUGGUCUCCAGUGUAUGUGGAGGACAACCUGGGGGUGAUGUCUGUGGGCUUCCUGCUCAGCAGCCCGGAUGAUGCUGUCAUCUGGAGGGGACCAAAGAAAAAUGGUAUGAUCAAACAGUUCCUCCGUGAUGUAGACUGGGGAGAUGUGGACUACCUCAUCAUAGACACCCCACCCGGCACAUCCGAUGAACACCUCUCUGUGGUCCAGUAUCUGGCUGCGGCACAUAUUGAUGGGGCGGUGAUCCUCACCACCCCUCAGGAGGUGGCCCUCCAGGAUGUCCGGAAAGAGAUCAGCUUCUGCCACAAGGUGAAGCUGCCCAUCAUUGGUGUGGUAGAGAACAUGAGCAGCUUCAUCUGCCCCAAGUGCAAGAAAGAGUCUCAGAUCUUCCCUCCCACGACUGGGGGUGCCGAGGCCAUGUGCCAGGACCUGAAGAUCCCUCUUCUGGGCAAAGUGCCUCUGGAUCCACACAUAGGCAAGAGUUGUGACAAAGGCCAGUCUUUUUUUGUUGAAGCCCCAGAUUCACCAGCCACUGCAGCCUACAGAAGUAUAAUUCAGAGAAUCCGAGAGUUUUGUAAUUCUCGUCAGUCACAUGGUGAGAACCUCAUCAGUCCCUGAAGUGGGACAGGGCCAAGUGUCACCUGCUAACCACAGAGCUGGCAGGCUACGAGUCCAGCCACACCUGCUCAGCGGGGGACAGGUGGUGCCACACAGAUGCUGACAGGAUUUGAAGACACUCAUUAAGACACUAUAAUCACCUAUCUGCCUAUUUCCUUGAGAUCAAAGGUACUUUACUGGCACUCCUAUAUCCAGGUGCCAUUCAUCAGAAAAUAAAAAUGUCUCCUUGAAUCUGUCCCUUAGGGCCUGAAUCCAAGGGACUAGGAACCCUUUAAGUCACAGGACUCCCGGAGCUGUUUCUGCCUCAGGCAAUAAGCCUAGGGGAGACAGAGGGAGGAUUGUGGCCUCCUCAGGAGGGGGAAUGACACCGGCCUCUGCCCACACUGGGGUCUCCAGUCAUGCUGGGAUCAGUGUGAGUGCUUUGGCUGGGGCCAUCAGAACCCUUGGAAAAACUUGUAAGUCACCCAUGAGGUGAUGGGUACCUUCUAGACAUCCAGUAACUCCCAGGGUCCCAGGCAAGCCAAUACCUGGCACUUCUGAGAGACAGAUGUAAUUGUCCCCAUGGUCUGGGACUAAGAUGUAGAACUGAGAGCUGCUGAAGGAAGGCAUUCCAGAUUUCCACUGCACUGUGGCAUGACACUGGAAAGUGACCAGCCCCCUCUCCUCCUUUACAUGUGAACUCUUGGAGUGUGCUGGGGUCCUUGAGGGGCAGAUGCAACCUUCCAAAGCUCAAUGGGUCCUGAGCAGGCCCUAAACAUCGGGAUUCUAGCUUUUAUUUGCUCCGAGUCAACUUGGAGGACUGGGGAAAGUUCACGUAGGCCUUUCUCACAAGUGUGAGAAAGUGUGUGGCUGCUUUCUCACAAGUGCUCAGGCCUCUGGACUGCACCUACGGCUCACCUAGUGCUGGUGGAUGUCCAGCCCUUCCAUCCUGGGCCUCUCAAAGUCACCUGGGGAAUCCUGCAAGGCAAGAAGAGCCAUGACUGUCCCAACAAAGAGCAGGCUCACUGGGGAGACUCAUAGCACAAGUAGCACCGUUCAGAGCGCCGCACAGCGAGCCAAAGACUCUUCCAUCUCUCAGUUUUGACAAUUGGCAAUUAUUGAGACAAUUAUUCAAGAAAUAUUUCCUGGCUUUAAAACAAAAA